AUGCAUUUUGUUUGCCCAUUGGAGAACUGUCGGAGGAUGCGCUUGAGGCUCGCCAUAAAGAGGUUAGGAAACAUCGAUUAUCUCACACCAGAAAAUGUUCAAGAACAGAUACGAAUAAGGAUCUCAUGCGUGUUCUUUUACUUACUUCUGAUCCUUUUAUAUCCUCAAAAGAAAGAUAUACCAAAAAUCCCACAACUCGCUAAAAUGGCAAAAUUAAAAAAAAAACUAACCCGAGAGGAAAGGUUGGAGAAAAAACGGAAAGCAGAAAGACUACACGACCAGCGAAUUAAAAAUGAUCCAAUCAAGAAUGCUGAGUUAAAAGAAAAAGAGAAGUAUCACAGAAAGAAUGAGAAAGGGCAAGUUAGAAGUAUAAAAGAUCUGACAAAUAGGGAACAGCAAGCUGUGAGAAAGAUAUGGAGAGAGAAAACUGAAAUGUGA